CUCGUGGCUCGGAUCAUCAGUGUGGACACUUCAGUGCAUGUGCGCCUGCGAGGGUGACUGUAGGCAGCGCAACGUGGGUUCCGGGGAAUAGAUGUGUUUUGCCCAAGCAGUUAGUUUGUCUUCUAAAGAUAUUAUUUAAUUUUUCCAUCAUGUGUCUAAACAAUGUCGCAGUGCUGUUCGAAUGUUUCACUGUGCAGGACUCUUUGCCUUGCUGCUGAUCGUGCUGGAGUGGUCCAGGCCGGGCCUGCCCUCCCCGCUGCGUCCAAUCUGUGACCUGCGCGUCCUCGACCACUUCAUCAAAGAGGCACGCGAUGCAGAGGCUGCUGUGAGGGUUUGCAAAGAGGAAUGUGCCAUUGCUGUCUCCCUCCUGGUUCCUUUGACCAGAGUAGAUUUUGGUGUGUGGGAAAAGAAAAAUAUGGAGGAGCAAGCUCUGGAAGUCCAGACAGGCCUGUGGCUGUUGAGCAAGGCCAUCAGCUCCUUGCGUGCAUCUGUGAGCAACUCUGCACUGGCAUCCCACAUCGAUAUCAGCGUCCAAAACAUUGCCAGCAUUGGACAAGUGCUGCGCAGUCUCAGCAUACAGGAUUACGUGCCAAUAGCUGGUGGUUUAGAUAUACAGGAGACAUGGAGAGUGUCUUCUGCCUCCGAGCUCUUCCAAGUUCACAUCAACUUCCUGCGUGGCAAAGUGCGCCUCCUGCUUGCCAAUGCCCCUGUCUGCCAGCAAGGCAUCAGCUGACUGAAGCGCAAAGGCUCCGGCCCCAGCUCACCGGAGUGGUCCGUGGCAGGAGGUGGAACAUUGCACCAUGGGCCUUGCUAAAGGACUGAAGGAUUAAAGGCUUUGACAUAAAUUGGCAAGACAUACAGCACUUUGGGAAAAAGGAAAAAACUGGAUAAGCGUGGAGCAAAUAUUUAACUUCGAGGAUGCUAGUUUUGCAUAGGAUGCAGUUCUCUCACCAUUUCCUGACCAAUAUUGCACACUUUCUCUGUGUGAUGCAGCCAGUCACUCCCUUUUUGUCGUUUGACUGACAGUGCCACUGUCCUAUCACAGCUGCAUCGGAGGCUUAACUUAGGAAUCACUACUCAUGCUCUUCUCUUUCAAGAUUUUUUUUAGGAAUCUCAGUGGGGUUUUUUUUACUGCUUUUAUACUGUUCAUUAUUUAUAUAGAUGUAUAUUUCUAAUAGCUGGAAUCAUGAUCAGGUUUCACUAUAAAGUAGUUUAAGGAAGCCACCUGCUUUCUUAGUAUUUGCCUUAACCACCUCCAAAAGUUGAAGUGCUAAUGAAGUCAUAUUUAUCAUUAUCAAUAAUGCACUGGUUUUAUUUUUUCAUUAAAUGUGCAUGAAUGUAUGAGUGUUUUGGGGGAAUGGGGGAAUGCUUGUGGAGAUAUCUGAGUGUGUGUGUGUGUGUGUGUGUGUGUGUGUGUGUGUGUGUGAGGGAGAGAAAGAGAGAGAUGUCAGCGGAGAGCCUGGUUUCUGGUCACUUCUGGUGAGAGGAAGAGGCCGAGUAGUUGCGUUUUUUUUUUUUUUGUUGGGGGAAAUGGGGGGGGGGGGUGCGUGACCACUGAUGAGACUGCACGUUGAUUAUCGGCAUUCGCGUCAGGCUCAAACAGCAGUGUGUAGCUCUGCUCAGAUAGCAUUACUGCCAGGAAAAGGUUUUGAUUGGUUUUGUGUGAUGAACAUCCUGCCUGACUCCUUCUUUGUUCACAGACCAGUGUACUGUCCUGGGAAAAUUUGGGGUAAUUGACAUUUUCCUAAUGUUUCUCUUGUUGUGUUGGGCUCAGAUUGGUCAUUCUUGUUUUUGUGGCUGUUUUUGUGUAUGUUGUUUUUGCUGUGUUCUUUUUUAAGGUUUGUCACUCAAUCUGCAACUGUAAAAGAGGAUGUUUGUAAGAGUUUUUCCUUUUUUCAUUCUUGUUUGUCUCUUUUACCACUGUACCAUGUGGCAUUAAAUUGCAAAAUAUUAUUCAGAGAAACAAUAGAUGAAUGAAAACAAGGAGAGAGGAUGUUUGCCUGUUUCUCUUUAUUUGAGUAUCUUAGUGAACUAUUCACCACACACUGAAUUACUGGCAUUCCUCUAAGCCUCUGUGGCUGCAUUAGACAUAGAAGACCUUACAAGCAUGAAAGAGCAUCUAUCAACCUUCAAGUCUGCAUAAACGAAAAACGCUGUUCAAGAACUGAUCAAAACUUUCCUGAUAGUUGUCUGUACUUUUCUGCACUAAUUUACUUCCUCUGUGAUGCUUGACCAUGAAUACUACAGCAGAUAAAGCAACAGUUCUAAAUCAAACUACUUGCACACCAUAUAUUUAUGUUAACAUAUUAGUGUAGCUGAUAUGACCCCAAAAUUUGAAUGAAGCAUAUUUUUAUGAUCCGUCAUUAUAACGUCUAUCAGUGUGCAAAGAAUGCAUGAAAACACUGGAGUUUGACUGUGCAAGUCUAGUGUUCUAAUGCAAUGCUGUUAUAUAAUCACACAGCCGUACUUCAUAUAGCUUGUAAGUGUUUUCCUUACAAGUUAUACAAAGUCAGACCUGAAAGCCCAGAACUUCCUUUGUGUGAAGUAAUGUUACUCAGUAAGAGCAGAGGGCUUCAGCUCCAAGCCCGGCACCCUGCACAGUGUCCCUGCUCCGGAACACCUGGUCCCGCCCAUGAACGGCUUGAUCAUGAGCUGUUGACCUGGGUAAAUUCAAGUAAAUAAACAGAGUAAAUUUGAAACAGAGCAGAGCAGUGGGGCCUCGGGACUGGAACUGACCUCUCUCCCCCUCCCCCAGUAAGAGAUUGUGGACGGGCAGACAUAAGGAGAAAAGGUUCCUGUAGUGUUGGUGCCUACUGCCCUCAAGUGGACACUGAUACAAGUGGACAGAUUCUGACCAGCAUAAGCAGAGGACUAUUUUAGAAUGCAUGUAAUGGUGUUUAUUUUCACAAAUAUACAACACAACAAAGGGUUCAAUACAUUAAGGUGUUCGUGUUGCUUAACAGGAUUAGGGGGGGGGGGAAGGGUAUUUCUUAGAUAACACUGAUUUAUCCUUGGGGA